GCUGCCCACGGAGAAUUGUCAGCGCAGCCGACAGCAGGAAAAGAGCGCUGACGUCGUAACCGCCUUGCUACAUGAUUGGCGAGGUAAGAUGGCGGCGCCAGAGGAGCCAGAAUUAUCUCAGGCGCAGACCGAAAAACUCCUUCAGUUUCAGGACCUGACUGGUUUGGAUUCAAUGGACCAAUGUCGGCGGACAUUAGAGCAGCAUAAUUGGAACAUCGAGGCUGCAGUACAAGACAGACUAAACGAACAGGAAGGAGUGCCCAGCGUGUUUAACCCUCCACCAUCAAGACCAUUACAGGUCAAUACAGCAGACCAUAGAGUAUAUAGUUACAUCGUCUCACGGCCACAACCCAGGGGAUUAUUAGGAUGGAGUUACUACUUGAUAAUGCUACCUUUCAGAUUUACGUAUUACACAAUUCUGGACAUAUUCAGGUUUGCCCUGCGGUUCAUUAGGCCAGACCCUCGUGGUCGGGUGACAGACCCAGUUGGGGAUGUUGUGUCCUUCAUUCAUAAUUUUAAGGAAAAGUACGGUCAGUCACACCCUGUAUUUUACCAGGGAACAUACAGCCAGGCACUGAACGAUGCCAAAAGGGAACUAUGCUACUUAUUAGUAUACCUUCAUGGAGAUGAUCAUCAAGACACUGAUGAGUUUUGCCGCUCCACGUUAUGUACAGAAGAGGUCAUAACCUUCCUCAACACGCCACGGAUGCUCUUUUGGGCAUGCUCAACCAGCAAGCCUGAAGGCUACAGAGUGUCUCAGGCUUUGCGAGAGAACACAUACCCGUUCCUGGCCAUGAUCAUGCUGAAGGACCGCAAGAUGACUGUGGUGGGCAGACUGGAGGGUCUCAUUCAGCCAGAGGACCUCCUCAAUCAGCUCACCUUCAUCAUGGAGGCCAAUGAAACGUAUCUGAUGUCAGAGCGCCUUGAGAGGGAGGAGAGAAACCAGACGCAGGUGCUCAGACAGCAGCAGGACGAGGCCUACCGGGCCUCCCUGCUCGCUGACCAGGAGAAGGACCGAAAGAAGAGGGAGGAGCAGGAGCAGCGCAAGCAAGAGGAGGAGAUGAUCCGACAGAGUGCGCUUGCCGAGGAGCGACGACGAAGAACACUUGAAGAGGAAAAGGAAAGGAAGUCAGAGUGCCUUCCUCCAGAGCCACCUGCAGAUGAUCCAGAAAGUGUCAAAAUAGUCUUUAAGUUGCCCAACGACACACGGGUAGAGAGACGGUUUCUCUUUGGACAGUCUCUGACAGUAAUACAUGACUUCCUCUUCUCUCUGAAAGAAACUCCAGAGAAGUUCCAGAUAGUUAUAAACUUCCCUUGUCGAGUGUUGCCCUGCCUUCCAACUGAAGAGCAGCCCAACCCCCCCACGCUGAGAGAGGCGGGACUCAGUCGAUGCGAGGUUCUUUUUGUUCAGGACCUCACGGACGAUUAACAGACAUACCUCAGCUACAUGGAGACGCAUUUUCCUCCACCGUACCAUCCACCCUUUGUUUUCUUACUUUGCUAAAUGGCUAUAUGCACAAGGGAUCAUUCAGAUAGAAUUCUAACACCCACCCAUCCCCCACCCCCAAACAAAAAUAUAAACCGCCCUGCAUCCAGUUCUUAUUUUGUUGUUUACAGGGUUCCCAGUAGCCCAGGAUGUCUUGAAUUUUAUCAAAUAAAUAUUUCUAAAAGUUCCUUGAAUUCAUCUUUGUAUGCGCGUGGAUGAAGUUGUCAAAACGUAUCCGUAUCCUGCUUCCAGUUUCUGCACUCCACACAGCUGUCCCUUUCCCAAUAGUAACUGUCACAGCAGUUAAUCAUUUACUGAAAUUUGCUUUCUGCAAAAACCAGAGCCCAGUCCCAAGUAGCAAGACAACUGAGGCCAGCACACAGGAUCCAGCAUGGUAUGAGGGUUAUUUUUUAUUAAAAUAAUAUAUAUACUUAAACUAAAGACUUGAUGUUUGCUUCAUGUGUCCUAUUUAAAUAGCCCUUUGGCCUUAAGUCCACACAUUCUUUCUCCAUGCUGACAAAUGCAGAGUGCUGUUGUGGAGAGCAAAUGUUAUUUCAGGGAGCAGGUUGGUGUGUUUGGACAUAGAGGAACUAUGGGAACCCUGUUUUAAAUGAGCCAUCAUCUGUACAUAAGUUAGAUGUUUAAGAAUCCAAAACUUUUUUUUUGACUGUCAUACAAUGACCAAAUGCAGGUUGAUUAGUAUGUGGAGCAGACUGGCUCAGACACAUUUCAAACUCCAAAAAGCCACAGCUUUUCUAUGUGGCUUUACCUAGUUACAGUACGAGUCUGUAAAUAGUGCACCUGUGGUUGCUCAUAGAUGCCUGUUCUGCCUGUAACAUCUUAAUGGGCUCAUGUAAAGAUGUAAUUUUCAAACUAUAAAUUAAACAUUUUAAACAUUUGA